UCUAUAUUUUCAAGGAUGGACCUAGCUUUGAAGCCAGGAACAGAAGUGAAACUCAGAAGCAUUGCCAAAAGCUUCCCAAUCAAGAAGCCCCCUCCUGGCCCCCCAUGGGAAAUGCACUUUUUCUCAGAAAAUCCACCAGGGGGGGCACUUCGGUUUUGGGCCUUACAAGUUGGGAAGGCAGUGACAUCAUUCAGUUUUUGCCCUUCUAGGAUACUGACUCUCUCUCACUUUAACCCUUUGAGAUCUGCAGGAGUUUACAAAGGCGGAAAACAAAAUCCAAACGUGGAAAAGGACAGAGAAAGAAUGGCAAGCCUUCCUUUUGCAAGUGGGGGAACUGGAAAAGGCCCUUCCGGUGCUCAGUCUGGAAUCCACGGGGAGAUGUUGGCAAGAACUGGGCAGAAGAUGCUGGAAGAAGGAACCAUCGUUUCACAAGUUCAGUCUUGGAAUUUCAGGAACGUCCAAUAUCAGGAGGAUGAGGGCCCCCGAGGACUUUGCAGUCGACUCCAUUACUUUUGUAGUCGAUGGUUGAGACCAGACAAGCACACAAAAGCGCAGAUGCUGGACCUGGUUGUUCUGGAGCAGUUCCUGGGUCUUCUCCCCCUGCAGAUGGAGAGCUGGGUGCGGGAGUGUGGAGCAGAGACCAGCUCCCAGGCAGUGGCCCUGGUGGAAGGCUUCCUCCUGAGCCAGGCGGAGGAGAAGAAGGAGCAGGUUGAGUUGCAGGUGAGAGGACUUCCUCUUGGGACUCCAGAAAAAUCCUUCACAACGGAGAUCAGAGAUCCUGAGAGAAAGAGGCAUCUGUCAAAUCUCCCUCAAGAACUGUCUUUCAGGGGGAUCCCUCAGGAAGAUCCAAUUCAGGACACCUCAGGAGGGGAGAAUAGAAGGAAGUUGACUCUUUGUUUUGGGGAAACAGAAACCAGGAUUGAACCUCCAACUCAGGAAGUGGGGAGCCUGCCGGCCCAGCCCUCUCCAUCCCACCACCUGCUUGCCUUCAGAUGCAGUGGCCCAACUUUUAAUCACACCCAGGUCUCCACCUGCCCUGCUUGUUGGGCCUGCUGCUGCCGGUACACUUUUGGCUGCUGGCUGCCAAGCGGCUGCCUGUGCUGCUGUUGGCCUCCUGGCAGCGCUACUUUCGGCCAUCCUGCAGGGCUGCUCCUACCUGCUGUGGAGUGAGUCAUCCCAGAUCUAUGACUUCAGGAGUGCCCCCCUGCUGAAGGUGGAGCUGCGACAUCCAUAUUGCCCUGCACAGCCAGCAUGAGAGGUAGCACCCACCAGGGCCAGGGCCCAAAUAGUGCCAGGGUCAACUCACAGCCCGGUGCCUGCAGUAGACCUGCAGGAAGGCGCUCAGUAGGCCAAAGGUGGUGGGCAAGACAGCAUGGCUCCAGCAGUAUCCGCUGGCAAAGGGGCUCUGGCAUGGUGGCGGUGGGAGGGUGCUCCGGAGGUCGUAGAUCUCGGCCGACUCGCCCUAGGGCAGACAAGAGCAGCCCAGCAGUGUGGCCGAGAGCAGCAUUGCCAGGAGGGCAAAGAGGUCCCGUGAAGCCAACAGCAACAAUGGCAGUCGCUCAUGCCAGUUGCUGCAAGGGAGUGGCGAGUG